CAUGCCCUGGAAAUUGACACCCCUUCUGCUGUUUCUGGCCUGGAUGGCCUACCAGUGCAGUGCCCAGGCCAGAACAGACCUGCUCAAUGUCUGCAUGGAUGCCAAACACCACAAGAUAAAGCCAGGCCCUGAGGACAAGCUACAUGACCAGUGCAUCCCCUGGAAGAAGAAUGCCUGCUGCUCUGCCAAAGUCAGCCAGGAGCUGCACAGGGACACCUCCUCCCUGUAUAACUUUAACUGGGAUCACUGUGGCAAGAUGGAGCCCGCCUGCAAGCGCCACUUCAUUCAGGACAACUGUUUGUACGAGUGCUCACCCAAUCUGGGGCCCUGGAUCCAGGAGGUGAACGAGAGCUGGCGCAAAGAACGGCUCCUGAACGUGCCCCUCUGCAAAGAGGACUGUCAGAUCUGGUGGGAAGACUGCCGCACCUCCUACACCUGCAAGACCAACUGGCACAAGGGCUGGAACUGGACCUCAGGAUCUAACAAGUGUCCAACUGGGACCACCUGUGGCACAUUUGAGUUCUACUUCCCCACGCCAGCAGCCCUGUGUGAGGGCCUCUGGAGUCACUCCUACAAGCUCAGCAACUACAGCCGGGGCAGUGGCCGCUGCAUCCAGAUGUGGUUCAACCCCGCCCAGGGCAACCCCAACGAGGAGGUGGCGAGGUUCUAUGCCUUGGCCAUGAGUGCUGGGGCCAUGCCCCAGGGGAUUAGACCUCUCCUGCUCUGCCUGGCCCUGAUUUUGCCACUCUGGCUCCAUGACUGAGUCCAGCCAUCCCCAGACAGUCCCCAGGUUUGAUGACCAGGCUGGGCUCAGCUCAGCUCCCACAAAUGAGAAAGCCGUAAGCAUGCCUCCAUCCAUUACCCAUCCCUCUGUCAUCUAGUUCCUGCUCCUUAGUGGGGCCUGUGGUUUCUCUGACAGCCAGUUGUAAUAAAUAGACCAAC